AUGAGUAAACAGUCUAGAAUUGUGAUUAUUGGAUCGGGUGUGUUUGGGCUAUCUGCAGCAUACCAUUUGGCUACCAAAGGGUAUGAAAAUAUUACAGUGCUGGAUCGAGGAGAGUACGACUCUAAUCAGUAUAGUCCGCUGAAAGGAGCAGAUGCAGCGUCUACAGAUCUUAACAAACUGGUGAGGGCUUCUUAUGUGGACAAGGUGCACUACCAGAACCUUGCGCUCGAGAGUCUCGGGAUCUACAACGAGUGGAACCAGCAAUUGCAGUCUGCAAAAGAUCUGCCAAAAGGCCUUAAAAACGACGAACCGGUUUUUGCUAAUACAGGAUAUGCCCGUUUGGACAACAUCGAGCAUGACGAGGAGAAGAAGACUCUAGCGAAUUUUGCCAAGUACGGUCUUCGGGCGUUUGAGUACGGUGUUAACGACCCGGAAGACAUUAAGAGAGCAAAGGUGACGGGAUGGUUCAAGAAACUGGACCCAUUGGGGCAGCGUAACAAGUCUGACAUAUUCAAUGGAGUUCUGGACUCGCUGGCAGGUGUUGUUCUAGCGGACAAAGCGCUGCUUUGGGUGAGAUAUCUCACCGAACAAACCGGUAACGCAGUUUUUAUCAAUGGUUCCGAAAAAGGAGCUGUUCAAAAGAUCCUGUACGACGGCGACAAGGCAGUUGGAGUGGAAACAAAAGACGGAGUGAUCCACGAGGCCGACCUCGUUGUCCUUGCUGCCGGUGGUUGGACACCAUCGUUUUAUCCAAAGGAACUGUCUCCGUACCUAGAAUGCCAGGCCUCCACAUACGUGACCGUUCAGAUUCCAAAGGAUCGUCUUGAUCUUAUUGCCAAGUACCAGGAUCUGCCCCAAAUCAACUGGCGGAUGACGUACGAAAGCAAUUUCAGGGAAGACGCAAUUUACGCCUUUCCUGCUACCAGAGACGGUAUCUUUAAAGUUGGAGCCAACGACCAUUUCUGGCGGAAUUUCAAUACGUCAGACUCGGCAGCACCGCUCAGUGUGCCACAAACUCCUUUGGAUGCCUUGCCAACCCGGUCACUCAACACUUACCAGAAAUUCUUCAGUGAGUGGUGUCCUGACCUGGUUGCAGCCGGCCUGCAUAUCGAGAACUGGAAGAUCUGCUACUCUGCUGUGGGUGCAGAAAACGAGUUUCUCAUAGAUUACAUCCCGGGGUACAAAAACGUCAUUGUCUCCUCUGGCGGUGGCUUCCAUGGAUUCAAGUUUCUGCCUGUGAUUGGCAGAUUCGUGGAAGGGCUCGUGUCGGGAAAGCAAUACGAGUACUCCACCUUGUUCCGGUUUGAGUCGAAAAAGAAACCUAUUGCUGCCAUUCGGGAUCCGACACAUCCACACUCACUGAGUUCUGUUGAGUUUACUCCAGCUACAGAUGGCCACUAUAAAAUUUCGUGGUAG